AUAGUCAUGGAAGUACACGGCACUUUGUAUUCCCACUUUCGUGUGGGCUUCUCUUAUUGUUUUGACUUUUUACUGCAACGUAGAGUAACGCGCCCACGUUAGCUCCACUCGGAGAAGACAACAGACGCACGGCCUUCUCUAACCGACACGCCGCCCCUCCGCCGUUACGGGACUUUGCCUGAAAGAAACCUUGUUUUGAGAUAAUGAACGGUCAGUUCUUUGUCAGCCACUCGGUUGCCAGAGGACCGAAGGGACGCCAUGACAGCGGUUUAACCGGGCGUCUGGCCACACUUGCGUGACCAUGCCGACGGUGACGGUGACGGUGCUGGCCGCUUUGUGGGUCGGUUCGGUUCGGUGCCGCGUCGCCGGGUCACCGGGGCCGGGAUGCGACAACGGAAAGCUGUCUUUGCACAGGGACCUGCCAGCGGAUGCUGUUUCUUGGGACUGUCCUGGGUCUACAUGGCCAAAGUCUUCUCAGAGACGUCCCAGUGUUGACACAGUGUAUGAUCCUGUGCCAGCCAGGCAGAUCUGCAUGGAUGAAUCCAUCUCCUACAACCAUACCAUUCCCAACAGUGGAGCGUACAGACCAGUAAGGGCCAAGAGUGGAGAAUACUUGUACUGUCCUCCUCACCGGUGGCUCAAUAACUUGCACCACGGCGCGACUGUGUUGCUCUACCACCCCUGUGCUCCUCUCCGCGAGCGACUGCUUCUGUCUGUCCUGGCCCGCUCCUGUCUGCCAGACCACGUCGUGACCUCACACCCACACCUCAGUGAACACAGGCCGGUAGCGUUUGUGUCGUGGGGUCACACCUUGGAGCUGUCCAGCGCGGCGGCGGCGGACGUCUACGGCUGGCUGGAGACCACCGCGUCCACGAGAAGGGCGGAGGUCGUUGGCGUGAGCCGGAGCGGGAAGUACAACCUGCUGUUGACCCGGUCAGCUGAGCAGCACCGGCAGCAACACGCACAUCCAGAGGAACGCGCCGCAGAAAUGAAGGAGUCUCUGAGGCAAUGCUUCGAGCGGACCGUCUCCUCUCAGCUGACCGCAGCGAUGGAGGCGGAGCCGGAGUCCAACGUGAAGAGAGAGAGCUCGAGACGAAUGAAAGAGAGAGGCCAACGCAGGCGGAUCAGAGCCGCCGUUAAAGGAGAAGAGGGGAACCAGAGAGAAGACACGAUAACACACCGGAGCAACAGAACCACAAACAUCAGCGGGACACGGGACAUCCAGAACCACAACUUCACGCUGGGUCCACCUACGGAUCCACCUGAGAUCCUGAACUCAAAUCAGGGCCUUACUCCCAGGUCCACGACUCCUUCGCGGACACACAUGUCCAGGACGACACUGACGAGUGACAUCAUAAACCCUCUUGCGGAUGGUGUGAACGGGGAGGGUAACCAGACCGCCGGGCAUGAAGAUGAAGAUGAAGGUACACACUCAGUGGAGCAGAGAGACGAAGACUUUGUGAAACACAGCCUGAGAUACAAUGUCUCCAAAGCGAACGUCUUCAGCGAAGACCACCCGGCAGGCGGCGGCAGGAGGGGUGACGAGGCGGUCGAUGUCAAAGGGAGGGAGUUGGAGACGGAGCCAACACACGGCGACACACACGCCGACGGCAACGGCUUCCAUUCCGUCUCCAAACCUCGAUCGGAGUCUCGGCGACACCAGAACCCGCAGCCGGCCGGCCGCCCGCCCGACUGCGACGGCUGCAGCGCAGGCGGAGGCUGCGAAUGCGACGAGGACUCGGGGGCCUCGGGCGCCGUGAGUAAAAAGGGGCUGCCGGGGACCCCGAGGACCGACGAGGCGGCGUGGGCGGCGGCGGCGGCGCUGGGCUUCCUGCUGAUUCUCCUGACGCUGUCGGUGCUCCACACGCGGCUGUACCGCCACUGGAGGACGGCGCCCAGUCUUUACUGGCGCGACACGCGGCAGAACUACGACAGCGUGGCAGAUGUGAUCCGCAGGAGGAUACGGAUCGCAAACACGAGGCGGAAGCGAGGCCGAAGGCGAGAGUGUGUUCUCCUGCCCAGCUCCUCCAGCUCAGAUGAAUCCCCAUAGAAGAAUGAAGGACUCAGAGGGCACCCAGGAGUCACCGUAGAGACGAUGAACUGAAACUCAUCAUUAGGGCAGCAUUCCUAAUAAUCAAUAUAUCAUACAGUAUAUAUAUAUAGCAUAGAGCAGCGUUCUUAACCACUGCUGGGCCUCAAAGCGUCAUCUAGUGGGCUGCGAGGGUACUGGGAAAUGAUUAGAUCGGAUUUAAGGAAAAGCUGGCUAUUUUUUAAAAUCUAAAUGGGCUCAAGAAUUUACAAAAAUAGAGAUUUCACAUUUACAUUAUUUUUUAAAGAUUGGGAACCUCGUUGUUUUUACCUUCCAUUGUGUGUUUCUGUUUUUUUGACCAUUCAAAAUGAGCGUUGAGUUAUGGAAAGUCAGAAGACAGGCCAAAAAGCAUCAAAGAAUAUCUUUAUUUAACCCUCCUGUCGCCUUCGGGUCAAUUUGACCCGAUUCAAUGUUUAAUGUCGGUGUUCUUUCGGGAGUCAACAAACAAACAUAAAGUACCUCACACUUAAACUUGGAAAACAAUAUUAAUUCUAAUAAUUUUCUGGAGAUUUUAAUAGCUGGGGUCAUAUUGACCUCAAGGGUAAAAUAUGUUAGUAAAUAUAAAGGUAACAGGAGGGUGAAACAUUGAAUCGGGUCAAAUUGACCCGAAGGCAACACAAGGGUUAAAAGAGGCUAGUGUAUAUUGAUGUGAGCUCACACAACCCCUCAUCGGUCAUGUGGUCCUGGGUCAGUCCCCUGACCCCCCCCCCCCCCCCAGGACAUCAACAUCAAAGAGGCCGCAGAGAAGCCCUUUUGAUUGUCUUAAGUCAUUUAUGUUUUUGUACAACUUCUAAUGCGUUGGUCUGGUCGUACUCCUUAUUGUGCUCUCUCGUGUAUUACUACACUAUUUGACAAUUCUUCUGUCAGGAUAAUUUUUUAUUGUGCUCCAUUUUGUACAAACUUUUUUUUAAAUAUGUCACUUUUACCUGUGAAGGUUUAUUAUGUGAUUAUGUAAGUUGCUGUUGUAAGCAGCGCAGUGUGUUGUCAUUGAAUGGUAUGGAUGUCAUUUUAAGGGCCUUCAAUUUGUCAUUUUAAGGACCUUAAAUGUGUCAUUUUAAGGACCUUCAAUUUGUCAUUUAUAGGACCUUAAAUGCGUAAUUUAAAGGGCCUUCAAUUUGUCAUUUAUAGGACCUUCAAUGCGUAAUUUAAAGGGCCUUCAAUUUGUCAUUUUAAGGGCCUUAAAUGUGUGAUUUUAAGGGCCUUCAAUGUGUCAUUUUAAGGACCUUAAAUGCGUAAUUUAAAGGACCUUGAAUGUGUAAUUUUAAGGGCCUUAAAUGUGUCAUUUUAAGGGCCUUGAAUGUGUCAUUUUAAGGACCUUCAAUUUGUCAUUUUAAGGGCCUUAAAUGCGUAAUUUUAAGGGCCUUCAAUUUGUCAUUUUAAGGACCUUAAAUGUGUCAUUUUAAGGACCUUCAAUUUGUCAUUUAUAGGACCUUAAAUGCGUAAUUUAAAGGGCCUUCAAUUUGUCAUUUUAAGGACCUUAAAUGCGUAAUUUAAAGGGCCUUGAAUGUGUAAUUUUAAGGGCCUUGAAUGUGUCAUUUUAAGGGCCUUGAAUGUGUCAUUUUAAGGAGUCGUGAUGAAGAUAUGAACUGAUCAGGACUGCAUACCCAAUAAAAACGUAGUUUUUUUGAAGACCUAUAA